CAGAAUGCUUGAACCGGAAGCACAGUCUGUUUUGUUGACAGCAGAGGAGAACGCGAAAAAACGAAAGGAGAGUUAAAUAGCUAAGUAAAUAAAAAUAAAAACCAAAUUAACUGGAACUACCAUCUGUCGUUAACGUUAAGUUGCCUGUCGUGUGGCCUGGGUUUGGUGUCUUUGGCGCUAUCCGUAUUUGGAAGAACAUCCCGAUGUCGGUGUGAACUUGUGUCCACCUCAAGGCCAGUUGCUUUGCCCGUUGUUGACCGCGUCGGCGGAGAAAAGCUGCCAUGGCGGCGAAAGCGGGGGACAACCCGGAGUCCCUGAUGGCACUGAGUACCGUAUACUGUCUUCGGAACCUGAGGAGGACGAUGUGCUGCCUUGGAGACAAGAACAGGCUACGUCUGAACCCAGAUAUAUUUUUGCCGAGCGAGAUCUGCGAUAAGCUUGUCAGCGCUUACAUGGAGCUGGUUCACACAGACAGCAACUUUGAAAUGCCCGAGAGCUUCUUCUUGCUGUUCUCGGACCCCUACAGCACCCGGCUCACACGGGUGCAGCUGAGGGAAGACAGUGUGCAGGACAGAGACCUAGAGGCUAUUGCGAAACAGGACUUGAUUGAGCUCCACCUCACAAAUUGCAGCAGCCUGUCGGCUCGCAGCCUAAAGGCUCUCUACAACUUCAGGCAAACUCUGGUCUCUCUCAGCCUGUUUGGCUGCAGCAACAUCUUCCUCAAGCGCGGUGGGGCCCCGCUGGCAUGCGAUGACGAAGACCGGCCCUCCAGCCAAAUGCUAGAUACCGACUUUAGCUUUCAGGGCUUCAACCGGCUACGGCUUCUCAACCUGGGCAACCUGACAGACGAAGUGGAUGUGGAGGCCCUGUUGAAGCCCCUCCCUUCACUCACCUCCCUGGACCUCUCCUGUGUCCGCCUGCCCAAAAUGACUUUCUUGUCCCAGUGGAAAGAGCGGCUGGCCUCUCUGGUGCUGUACAACGUGGACCUGUCAGAGGAACACAUUCACACCGUUGUGCAGAUGGCCUGUGUCCGACACCUGGACAUCUCACGCGAGAGCCGACGUAGUUCCAAAUUCAAGAUGACCCAGAAGAUUCUGACCGCGAUUGUGCAGAGCUUGGUCAACCUGGUCUCCUUGGACAUCUCGGGACAUGUCAUGCUGGACAACUGUGCGGUUCCAUAUUUUGAGGAGGCCAUGGGACGUCCCAGCACGGAGCCGUCCAAGAGCAGCAUAUACCCGUUCCAGGAGCUGAAGAGGCCGCUGCAGUUCUUGGGGCUGUAUGACACCACGCUCUGUAACCUGACGCACAUUCCGGCAUACAAGGUCACAGGAGCCAAGAAUGAGGACCAGAUCCUGAAUGCCAUCGAGGCCUACACUGAGUUCCGCCCAGAGGUGGCCCACCGAGCUAUCAACCACCUGUUCGACAUCGCCAGGAUACAGCACUGCAGCCAGCUGCUUCGGGCCCUGCAGCUGGUGAUUUCAGCCCUGAAGCUGCACAAGUAUGACAAGAGCAUCCAGGUGACAGGGAGCGCGGCGUUGUUCUACCUGACCAACACGGAGUACCGCACCGAUCAGAGCGCCAGGCUGCGCAGGGAGGUCAUCCAGGUGGUCCUGAACGGCAUGGAGCACUACCAGGAGGUCACGGUUCAGAGGAACUGCUGCCUGACGCUGUGUAACUUCAGCAUCCCGGAGGAGCUGGAGUUCCAGUAUUACCGCGUCAACCAGCUGCUGCUGAAGAUCCUGGAGCCGGCCCGGCAGGACGAAUCCAUUCAGCGCAUCGCCGUGCACCUCUGCAACGCCCUGGUCUGCCAGGUGGACAACGACCACAAGGAGGUCGUGGGAAAGAUGGGCUUUGUCACGACAAUGUUGAACCUCAUACAGAAGAAGCUACUGGACAAGAUGUGUGACCAGGUGAUGGAGUUCUCCUGGAGCGCUCUCUGGAACAUCACAGAUGAGACGCCCGAUAACUGUGAGAUGUUCCUCAACUGCAGGGGAAUGACACUCUUCCUGGAGUGCCUGGAGGAGUUUCCUGAUAAGCAGGAGCUGCACCGAAACAUGCUGGGGCUGCUGGGUAAUGUGGCAGAGGUGCGGGCUCUGAGGCCGCAGUUGCUGACCAUGCAGUUCAUCACUGUCUUCAGUGAACUCCUGGACAGCAAGGCGGACGGCAUUGAGGUGUCGUACAACGCCUGCGGUGUGCUGUCCCACAUCAUGUUCGAUGGGCCGGACGCCUGGGCCAUGGACGACCCCAAAAGAGAUGCUGUGAUGGACCGGAUGUGGAAGGCCAUCCGGAGCUGGGACGUCAACUCUCCCAGGAACAUCAACUACAGGUCUUUUGAGCCAAUACUACGCUUGCUGCCUCAAAGCAUUGCUCCAGUGAGCCAGCACUGGGCCACAUGGGCGCUGUAUAAUCUGGUGUCCGUCUACCCGGGUAAAUACUGCCCCCUACUGAUCAAAGAAGGAGGAAUCGCCCUCCUGCAGAAGGUGCUAGAGCUAGAGACAUCAGACGAGGAGACCAAGGAUAUGGCACGCAAGGUGAUGGAGCACUGUGGGAACUUCAGAGAGGAUCCCAUGGAUACUUCAAGGUAAAUGGUGACAAAGAGGACAACACUGGGAGCUACAGAACCGGAAGAGGAGAAGAAUGUUUUUUGUUUUUUUUGUCUCUCACCAGGAAUUAUCUUCAGUUAAUUUACUGUAACAUUUGUGACGAAAGGAACCAUUCACAGCUCAGCUGAGUUUCUAGAAGGAACCUUGCUGUGGGACAUUAGUGGGAGGAGCUGCAUAGGAGGUGUUUUUGCGUUGCACACAAGACAUACUACUUGUACAAGUUAUAUGGUUGUGCUUUGUUUUUCUGGUUUGCUCCACUUUGUGUGUGUGUUUUAUGGAACAAAACAUUUGGGAGGUGUUCUCUACUUAAUAAUUUAAGAAAACAAGGAGUGCUUCCAGUGGUCCCCCUUGAUGACGGUCUGGUCCUUGGUGGAAGGCUUUUUCCUAUCGGCUUAGUUUCUGCAUAGCACCCAUUGUCACAGAACUCAGUAAUGCCCAUUUCUGAAUGUUACCCUUGAGAUCAGGGGGUGGACUGUUUGUGUGAGGAGUUGUUUGUGUGAACGGUUGUUAUUACAGAGCAGCACAGUAAUGUCUCUCUCUUUUAGUUAAGGUUGUAUCUCUUUCUUUCUCAUUGUGUGGUGUGGACACUGACUUCACAGCAACAGGUUAAAAGAAAAAAAAAGAAAAACAUUGUCCUCCCCUGCACUGUGGAGACUGUCAACAGCGAGGAAGACAUUAGUUUGAAUUGUACAUACUUUGGAGUAAAUUUCUCCUUUUUGUUUGUAUGUUUGUUUUUAACAUGAUUAUAAACACUCCUAUGAUUUCUUGCAAUAGAUCUUCUAGAUUUUCUGGAUCAAAGAAAAUGUCUACAAAGCUAUAAAACCACACUGAAAUGGAUAAAUAAGGAGAGAACUACAGUGUAUUAAACAUUUUUUGCUGUACUGUGCAUUUCAAGUGUUGGCUCAUUGCACUUUUUUCUUUACUGAUGUUUUCUAAAUAAUAGUUUAAUUAUUUUUUUAAAAACUCAUGAAACACAUCACAAAUCCAUUUCAGCUGUAAAAAUAAUGCUUAGAGCCAAUUUUAAAACUCAAUAUUAUGUGUUAUUUCUGUUGUCAGAACCUUGUGUUUCCUUUCUUUAAACAAUGAAGUAUACAUUUUUAUCAUUGUAUAUCACAACUGCCUUGUUGAGUCAUGGAAAUAAGAUGUCCUGAAUAAAGAAUCAAGUUAUUCUGAUGAGCUACAA